CAGGUGAUGCAGCGGCAGCCACUACUCUCUCUAUUUGCUGUAUUUGUAGGGACAUCACUGGUCUCUCAACCCGGAUGCUGUGCCACUACUAUCGAUAAUUUUUGCCCAGUGCGCAGCGUUGUAGGCAGAGCAAGGAGGCGGAAAUAUUUCAGUACCCUUGAAGCAGACAGCUCUCCCCGGAUCUGCACGCUUUCUGACCAACGGGCUCCGCGUCCAAGCCUGGAGAGCAGGCACCACCACAAUUCAUACCGGAGAUAGGGGACGGUGCAGCGGUCACGGUAAAGCUCUUGCAACAUCGUGACACUUGCACGCUGCUGUAGUGGAAAAAAGGGGAGCAUCAUAGAGAGAGAGAGAGAUGGCGGAGUGCGGGCGGAAGGCGCUGUCUCUUCUGGAAGCGGCCCGUUCCCGGUACGAGAGCCUGCAGAUAUCCGACGAUGUGUUCGGGGAGUCCGGGGAUGACAGCAGUGACAAUCCCUUCUACAGCACCUCCGGGGACUCCGACUCCGACAACUACAUAGCCGAGGUGGGUGAGGAGGACCAGCAGCAGCCGCAUCACCACCACCACCACCACCAGAAACGGGGCGAAAAGGAGGGUAGUGGAAACCGUGGGGGGUCCAGUGGUGGCAGCAGUGGAUCGGGUCCCCCGGGUGCCCUGUCCCGUAGUCAGGCAGAGGAGGAAGGCUGGACAGAGACUCUGCAGGAUGUCACGGUGCCGCCGUUCAAAGAAACAUAUGGCCCUGCUCAGAAGAUGACGGCCAGCGCCACAGCUCUGGACUUCUUCCAGCUCUUCGUCCCUGACAACUGCAUCCAGAACAUGGUCACCCAGACUAACAUGUAUGCCAAGAAGUUCCAGGAGCGCUUUGGCUCAGAUGAAGGCUGGCGUCCCGUCACAACCCAGGAGAUGAAGGCCUUCCUGGGCUUUGUCACCUCCACCAGUGUGCACCGCUGUGAGUCGGUGCUCAGCAUCUGGAGUUCCGGCUUCUUCAGCAACCGGAGCAUUGCCCUGAAGAUGAGCCAGGCGCGCUUUGAGAAGAUCCUCAAGUAUUUCCACAUUGUGGCUUUCCGGCCGUCACAGGGAAGCAACCAGGGCCUGUACAAGAUCCAGCCCUUCCUGGACUCGCUGCAGCAGUCCUUCAGCUGCACCUUCAGACCAUCGCAGACACAGGUUCUUCAUGAGCCAUUGAUAGAUGAGGAUCCAGUGUUCAUCACCACCUGUACGGAAAGAGAGCUGAGGAAGAGGAAGAAGAGGAAGUUCAGCCUCUGGGUUCGACAGUGUACCUCCACCGGAUUCAUCUGUCAGAUCUCAGUGCAUCUGAAGGAAGGCACAGACUGUCUGGCCACCUUGAAGAAUAAGCCUCAGCUCCACAGCCUGGUGGCCAAGCAGCUCUGCCAGAACAUCUCUGGCAAGAACACCAUCAUCUUCACCGGGCCUUCCAUCACCAGCCUCGGACUCUUCACCGAAUUCAGCAAACAAGAUAUCUACUGCUGUGGUCUGCUGAGCACCAGGAAAAGCGACUGUACAGGCCUACCACAGAACAUGUUGGUGUGCAGCUCCACGCCAGCGCAGCGCGGCCAAUCACGAGUCAUGAUGAAGGGCAGCAUGUCGCUGAUCAGCUGGUACAACAAGGGACACUUCAGGUUCCUCACCAAUGCUUAUCCCCCCACAAAACAAGGUAUCAUCAUUAAGAGGAAAAGUGGGGAGAUCCCAUGUCCCCUGGCUGUUGAGGCCUUUGCAGCGCACCUCAGCUAUAUCUGCAAAUAUGAUGACAAGUACAGCAAGUACUUUAUCUUUCAUAAGCCUAACAAGACCUGGCAGCAGGUGUUCUGGUUGAGCAUCAGCAUCGCCAUCAACAACGCGUACAUCCUCUACAAGAUGUCAGACGCCUACACGGUUAAACGCUACAGCCGAGCGCAGUUUGGUGAGAGACUGGUCAGGGAGCUGUUGGAUUUAGACGACUGCUCCCCCACACAGUGAGAAGGAGGAGGAGGAGGAGGAGGAUGAGGACGGCAGCAACAAAAACACACACACACAAACACACACUUCAUAACGGUUGUACAGACUCUGCAGUCUGUGUUUUAUGUGAUAAUACUGAAGCGGUGCCAAGCCUUCGUCUCUCUUCUACUAGCUGUUUUCUGUGGUACUGUAAAUAGUCAUUAACACACAGCUGCACUGUACACAAUACAAAAUAAUGAGCCAUGGGACAGUACACAUGCCUCAAAUGCAACUUUUAAUCACUCAGAUUUACUAAGGAUGUGUCACCAGGAGCUAUUUCACAAGCAGAGAAGCCGAUGGGAACAAUGAAAGAGGAAUUCAACAUUAAAUGAUGUCAGCUUCCAGUUUUAGCUCUUAUUAAAGAGUGAAGUUGUCGAUAUGAGCCUGAAUGUCCCUUGUGAGGGCUCAAACAUGAACUUGUCAGGCUAAAAGGCUACUUGUAUCUCAAUGUAAACUCUGCAAAAAACACCUGUGAUCGAAGUAGACCAGGACAAUAGUGUGUUCACACGCUGCAUGCAUACAGAAUCUGGAUUGUGAUGUUUUCUUGUUUGGUGUGAAAAUGAUUUCUGCUGGAGGUGGGAUAGAUUUUUGGUUGGGGGGGUGUGUGUGUGUGUGUGUGUGUGUGUGUGUGUGUGUGUGUGUGUGUGUUUAGCAAGUGGAACUGCCAUUUGUGUGCUCGACGUUGGUCCUGAGGAUCUAAAUGUUCGGUUAUUGUGACCCAGAUGUGUCGUGUUGCUGCAUACUGUACUCGCUAGAGGAAGACUGUCAGGUGACAUAAAGCCACACACAGCAGUGUUAAAACCCGCUUCAAAAGAGCCAAAAUGUUUUUCUUUGGAUUUAUUUUUGUUUAAAUCGCUAUGAUGGUUAAUGUCUUUGACUAAAAGGCAACAAUUACAGUCCUUCGAUUUAUUUAUUAAGAGUUUAACACUUAAAAUCUCAAUGUAUCUGCUUCAUUAGGAUGUUGUUGCUGGUGUUUUAUCAGAUUUGACUGACAACAUAAAGUCAUAUUGAAAAGUCCUGAUGAAUUCUUCAAAUCCCUCCUUGAAAAAAAGGGUUUCAGAGUCAAAUAUAUAACAACAAAUGCUACAUCUGCAAUCUACUUUUGAAUCAUCACUUCCAAAGACAGACAAACUCUAAUUGGUCUGUUUAAUUAAUCAAGUAGUUAACCGUGCUUUGUGUGGCACAACAAGCUCAAAAUCGCCUUGAUUUGAGGUUAUGUAAGCCUGUGUUGCUAAGCAACAACUACAAUCUGGCCGAAUGGGCAGAGCUUUGGACAAUAUUGCUUGGCAAGAUUUGUGUACAGGAAGAAAAAACCCAAACCCAAAUUUUAAUGUGCCUUUGGGUCAGAAAUUGGUGCCCUAAUCCCAAAAGGUAGUCCAGAAAGUAACAUAUGAAUAUUAUUCACAUUCUCAAUUCUGAAGUGGAAGCAAGGAAACAUUUAUUUCUUCAAGCAGCCCAUUUCUUGCCAAGUAACAGAUUUACACCUGCCACCUCGAGUCGAGCCAAUGGAAGUGUGAGUGGAGGGGCGAGCGUUAAAUUGCACUUACUGUCUUCAGACCAUAUAAUACCACACUGCUGUCUGUAGCUUUAACGAGGGCUCCGCAGUCCGCCGUGCUUUAUUCAACGUGUCAUGCAGUACACAUGUUAUUGCAGUGCUGGCAUCGCGCUGUGAAGAUUUGAAGUGAAGGGUUUUGAUGUGUGCUUGCUUAAUCAGCAUGGUUCGAUGUGUGAAUAGAUAUAACAGUGAGAUGACGGCCUUUCUGCUGGCAGGCUCAUGCACUUUCCAAUCACAGUUGUGCACUUUGAGGAGAGUUGUAAAGAUAACAACAUGUUUACUAGAUGAUCCUUUUACUUUUGAACCCUGUGGUAGUAUACACCACACACAAAAAAAAAUGGAUUGAUAACUUCUGUAAAUAUACAUAGAUAAAUGGAUUAUAUAAAAAAAAAUGCAAAUGAGCAAGGACUGAAAAUGACUGACUAUAACCAAAACAGAAAGGUGUCCACUUUAGAUUUAGUGUACAAGGUGAAGUACAGUAUGUAUGUGUAUAUUUUGUUUACAAAUUAUUGCACUGAGUGUUUGUCCAUUAUCACUCUGUCACUGAGACUCAAGAUUGUGAUUUUUUUAACUUUUUCACUAACCCAAAGCAUUGUUGUUGUCAUUGUUGCUCUUGUGUCUUCUUAUCACUGUUCACCUAAAACUAACACUGGCACCCCCCCGUCCUGUACUGUGUUUGUCAAUUGUGGUUUUUAUGACGUGAUAUGCUCAACGUCCACAAAUUACACAGAUGUUUAGUAUGAAGUUGAUUGGAUAGUAUUAAUGAAAUGAAGAACAGGUGUUGCAAUUUUAGAAACACCUCAUGUCUGUGAGACUGCAAAUGUCCUUUGUUUGUGAAUAAAGGAAAAAUCCACACUGCUGAAAAAGUCUUAAAACAGUUGAAAAGAGUAAUUGAAUAUCUCGGUGAAAAGCAGUAGAGUUAGGUUGCUCUCUACAGCAAAACAGCUCUUAAUGGUACUUAAUGGUGUAGUCUUCAUAUUCCCAAUAACAAACGUGAUGUUUCGCCAACAAUUUGUUAAAAGUAAAUUCUGUGAUAUUAAACAUAAGAAUUGUUUUUGGUUAUUUAAGAUCAACAAUCACUAAGAAAUUUGAAAAAUAGAACUUGCAUUACAUUCCACCAAUGUACAUCAACAUUUAACACUCAUAAGAGGAGAAAAAUCCAUCAAAUUUAAAACCAGAGGAACCAAUUUCUCCAUCGAGACUAACCUAAGGAGGCCUUGUUGCAGGUUUUGGUCUGAGUUAGAGGCAGGGAUGCAGCUCCUCAAAGCAAACAACCCCGAACUGGUCACAAAAUGCUGAUGCACAUAUCACUUUCAACAAUAUCCUAGGGUGAUUUUUCCUUUAAAGUGUGUCUUAUGUCUAUCAAAAUUGGACCUAAGCAACAUACACACCCUAUGAGGCCAGGAUUUUAGUGCUUGGACUCUGCUCGGAUCACAAAUGAAAGAAAUUAUGCACCAGGGAUUUUGCAAGGCCAUGGUUACUUAGCCACAAAUUGUAUAUGAGUGUAAGAGGGAGAAAUAGUGGUAGUAUUGAAGUUUUUCUACCAAUAUGGGAAAAUCGUUAUCAUCCUAACUGCAGACCGAGCUAGCAACUUUAUGUUACCCCCCUUUUUACCCACUAUCAUAAAGAAAGACGGAAGAUCCUCCCCUGUGCUUUUGUUCAUGUAGCUCAAAACAGGGUUGUGUUUUAACCGAAAUAGAUAAAAAACAUGGCUUCAUUUUUAAAUUCUCAGGUUGAACUCAGAAGUUAUUAUUCUCUCCAGCCUGCUCCAAUGAUCAGUCAUGAAUCAGAUGUUUCUAUAGUGCCUUUUCUGCUCAUUCUUUCGUCAUUGCAGUAAAUGUAAGUAGUAAAUGGAGUUCAUUUAAAGAAGACUAGAUUCAAUUUCUUUUAAAUGUAAUAAGGUUAGAACCUGUCCUGCGUGGUGUAAACAAUAGAAACUAGAGACCUUCACAGUAGAGUUUUAGUAGCUGAAAAUGAUUUAUGCAGCCCUAUUGUACUAUAGCUGUAAAGUUUCACUCCAAGUAAUAUUUCACAUUUUCACAUAAACAGUGCCACUGGAGUCAACACUACAUCCGUUGUUUUGAGCUUUGAACACAUCUCACAGACAUAUUACCAUGUCGUUGUGUAAUGGAUCAAUUUACUUCAAUAAAAAACAAUAUGAUAGACAUUUUUUCGUGAACCAUAGAGUGCAAUUUAAUACACCAGGUGGUGAGCCCCCCUACAGUCUGAACAUCCUAAAGCUAAGCUAAAUUAAAUGUCACUUUGAUAUGUUUUGGUAGAACAGUGUGGACAUUUUCUCUCCAUUUUCUACCUUUUCGCGAAUAUCAGAUGUGUCUAAUGUCUGUCAUAGCAACCGCUACAACAGAAGUAUUUGUUUUGUCAGACCAAUGACGAUCCCUAAAUCAAAAAGAUGUCAUGAAAUAAAUCACCCUCAUUGUCAGUUGUUCUGUGGUAAAGAAAUGCAGUGUUAUAUAAGAUGUAUGCAGUGCUGUAUGUGUCAGUGUGUAUCCUCUUUACAGUCUGUCUGUGUUUAUAUCCCGUGAGCGAGACAGUUGUCAUAAGAGGGAGUAAAGAUAUUGAAUUAGUAAUUAACUGUAGGAUUUAAAUGGCUGACCUCAGGGCUUCAUAACUAACUGCUGAACAAUAAUAAUAAUACACAUUAAUGUACUUCUAUAGCCUUAUCAGGUGCUAUCAAACCAUUGUACCAGUAAUAGUAGAGUUAGAUAUGUUGUUGUUGGGAGCUCAGCAACCAAAGGUUAACACCAGGGUCAUUUAACUUACAGUUUUUCCAAUGAAAUUUCUGAAAUAUUUAUGUUACCAAGCACCAAAAGCAACCUUUUUCCUGUAAAAGUGGUAGAACCAUUUCCCUUCAUAUGGUUGUAGUUUGUAACGUUGGCUGCAGGAUGUUAAGUUCUGAGGGCUAAAGUGUUAUGUAGUUUGACAGAAGCGCCCAAAAGAUGUGUGUACAAUAUGUGCAUGUAUUGUUAACGUGAGUGGAAUCAUUUCUGUAAGAUAAGUGGUGUAUGCUGAACCGAAUAACUUGUGUGUGCGGUGAUGAGAUGUACAAGGUUGUCGUGUAAAUGUGUCUUUAUUAAAAACUGGCCACCAUUAAAGCAAAAAAACAAACAUAGUACUACAUAGCAAAUGAUUGGUAGUCACAAUCAAGGUACAGAUUCACAGUCAGGUGUUCAUCAUGGUUCUUUUCCUGGUUCAAAGUGGUGAGCCUGUGUUUGCUAAGCCUCAGUUAUUCCCAAAAAUAUUUAGCAAUGCCUAACCUUUUCACAAUAGCCUUCAAUUCUGCGCUCAAAUCUCCUUGCCAUAGCUGGGGAGUGUAUGUAAGUGAUUCAGAUAAAAAUGAUGCGUCUGCAAUACAAGCUUUAUCAGUUGAUUUAUUUAUUUAGGCUAUGAUAAAACUUUCAAGGAAACGCUGAAAUAAGAUGCACAUAUGGGGAACAGAAUUCUUUUGAAAAAAGUUUGUCUGUUAUUAUUAUUAUUGCAAUGUUCUGGAGGCGUAGGUACUUUAAAAACUGUUGUAAAAAGCCCAUUUGAUGUUUUCCAGGCCUCUGACUGUGGUAAGGUUUCGCCUCUAGCACCAAAUUAAACCUGUCAGUUAAAACACAAGGCCAACCUGCAUCACUGAGUAGUGAGAGCUAGGUAAUUAUUUGUCUUGAGGACAUUUCUCACCUUGUUUGACCUACAAACUGAAUUAUAAAGGACUGACUCUGCUGUGUACAGCUCCCUCACUGUGUUUGCUGUUGUGACGUGUAUGAGUACAAGCUCUGCUUCCCUGAGAGUAUGAAAAGCUCUCACCUCUACAACAUGAGCUAUAUGUGGCUAAAGAUUUUUUUUAAACAUUGUGUGUGAACCUUGACAGCGUUUCAGCAGCUAAAACUCACUGUAUUCUGUCUCACCCACCUCUUAUAAAAGCUCUGUAGGUUCUUGCCCACAGUAUCUAAUAAAUGUUCUUGGUUUGGUUCCCUU